CCGGUAAAAUGGCCGAUAAGAAAUCUGCUCUUUUGCAAGAAUAGACGUUAACAUAGUGAAAUUGGAGACACUGAUGCCACGAGAAGGAAGAUAAUGUUAAAACACUGACAUUUCCCGUAUUUUCGUUAAAAUGAAUGAUCAAAUGUCAGGACUGUCCCCAGAGGCUGAAGUGUUCAUACCUCGAGGUGCGAGUCCACAAGCAGAUGGAAGGGUCAAUAUCCAGCAGAUCCCGUCAUAUAUGACAAACUGUUACCCUUUUGUGCAGACAGACUAUAGAAUGCCAUGGGUACCUGGUUCAAGACCUCCUAGACAGGGCUAUCAAGGUUUCCAUGGAAACAGAAAACACAGAAUGUCUGGAGGUAACCAUGGCAACAGAAUGCCUGGUCCUAAUAAAUAUAUGGAACAGUCUAAUCAACUCAUGUUCCAUGGUGUUCCCCCUCCUGUGGACAUUGAAUGGAACAACCCAUUGUCCUUUAAUCCAAACCUCCCUGCUACAUCUAUGGAGUUUCCUGGGGCACUGCCAAAUGGAAUGCCGUUUGAUGGAGGGACGUCUCAGAACGGCCACCAGAGUCAUGGCGAUGCAGCCUGGAAGAGACAGCCAAGAAAAGACAACUCUAGUCAAAGAAAGAAUUGGAAUGAAAACAGUGUUAGAAAAAUGUCAGAGAACCAUGAAAGAAAGAAGAAAGGAGAAAGAGGCAAACAAGUACAGAGAGGACGACAGAACCAUGUCAGCGAAGAGGUCACAACAGGGGUCAAGGGGUCACCAGCACCCAGAGAAGAGCGCAUUCCAAGGGGAAUAAUCUUCAAAGAAAUAUCAACCCAAACAGAAUUCCCAGAUAGGUUUGCCAACAAAACCUUAUCAAUGUAUCCAUGUCCCUUCUACUCGCCUCAAAACAAUCAUGGGAGCCGAUCACUGUAUAGCAGUGAUUCGGAGUUGGACUCUGACAGUGGCUACAGUAGUCCGCUACACAAAAGAAGUCAGGUAUCCAGUGUGGGCACACAGCCAGCGGAAUGUAUCCAAACUAUGUGCUUCACUCCACAUUCUGCGGACUCAGAACCUUGUAUAUCAAAUUCUAACCAAUCAGGACAAAGACAGUUUGUAUCCAAAUCUACUCCAUCAGGGAAUAGCAUAUCAAAUAGUGGCCAAUCAGGGCAGAAUACAUUGAAUUCACUCCGACCAGGACAGACACAAAGCAUUCAAAAUUCUGUCCAAUCAGAACAGAGUAAUGCAGUGACUCCUACUGCUGUCUCGCAGCAAAAAAUGAGCUAUGCCAUGAUUGCUCAAAAAGUGCCUAGUCCAAAACCUAGUGUUCAACCACAAAACACACAAAGUGCAAAUGUCUGUGAUAUAUCAAGUAACUGUGAACGUUCCAGGACUGUCUCAGGGGAAAUAACUCCAAGUGCCAAGAAAUCAGUGACUAGUACAUAUAGUUCAAAAUCUGUUGAAAAAGCUGAUGAGAGUAAAAAUAGAGAAAAUGUUGGGGAAAGUGAAGCAUUGCCUGGUGAAAAGAAAAAGAGAAAAAGAAAUAGGAAACGAACGAAGAAAAAGAUAAAUGAGGAUUCCAAUAUUUCACAUGCAGUUGAGGAUGUUGAGUUACAUUUUGAAGACGAGGAAGAAUUCCCAGAUUUGUUGGGAAGUGUUCAAACUCGCUCACCUUCAAGAGAGCGAACUUCAUCUCUGGGAAGGGAAAAGACUUUGUCAUCAAGAGAGACAACUCUUUCCAGGGAACAAAAUCAUUUUAUUGAUAGUGACAGCAUGGAUUUAGAUAACAUACAAAAAAGUGAUAGGACAGCUCAUGUGUUACACCCUAGUGGUGGAAAUAUGAGCAAUUCAAGGGAGACAACUAUCAACAAAUCAAUGGAAUAUUCAAGUUCUAGUCCCGUUGCUAUGACAACUACCAGCAGUAUGUCUGGCCCACCUUCUUAUAGCUCCAUUCUCAAAGCUAAAAAACAUGUUGUGACAUUUGAUGAAACACAGCUUCAACAGAAUGAAAGACUAUUGAAAGAGAGUAAAGCAAGGGAGGUAACUGAAUCAGCAGAGUCACGAGUAAGCAGAAAACGUCGGAAACGUCGGGAGAUGAUGAACCAAGCAGCCGAGGAGGAACUUGCCGAGAUCGGACUCGAACAGGACAUGUUACGAGAGCUCAACCUCAAACCUGCCGCAGCUAAAAAACUGGCUCAGAAGGGGGCCCAAAAGGGGACAACAAGUGCUAAGGAGACCCCAGCUCCUCAGCCAGGCCUCCUUAAUGUUACUCCCCUAGCCACAACUCCCUCGGGGAAGAAAUCCAAACAGACAAUAGCAUUAGACUUGGGUGCAAUGAUUGAUGCCUUAGAGAAAAAGAAAGAUGUUCCAGUUCCAAAGAAGAAAGAGGUCUCUGUUUCUGUAGAACCUAAAGUGAAGAAAAGUACAGAUCAGAAGGGUGUGCGACCACACAACAUGCUUGAUGCUAGUGCACCUAUGUUAAAAAGAGGAAAGGAAAGGGAAAACCCAAAACCGAAGAAACCCAGUCCCCUCAAAAAGGUGAUCCUGAAGGAGCGAGAAGAAAAGAAAAAGUUACGACUAUUGGACGACUCCGUCCCUGGCAAUCCAGGUGUACCCAUGGGUAUAGGAGUCAUCAGUGCUGAGAGUGACCUGUCUCAGGACGCCUAUAGCUUUAAAGGUUCAGCUGAUUAUGGGGUCACGACCCCUGCCAGUAAUGACCUUUCCCCUAUAAGCCAGACCUCACCCAUCAGUAUGAGCCCCCUGUCCCCUGGGGCCAGCCCUUUGAGUUCAGAGGUCAGCAGUCCCAUCGCCGGAACUAUUGGCAAGGAGGCUGUGCUCAAAAUACACAGCAGACGAUUCAGAGAGUAUUGUAACCAGGUACUAAACAAGGAUAUAGACAGCUGUUGUACUGCACUCCUCCAGGACCUUGUACGCUUCCAGGACCGUGUCUAUCACAAAGAACCUAAUAAGGCCAAGUCUAAAAGGAGACUCGUACUAGGUCUAAGGGAGGUAACCAAACACCUUAAACUGAAGAAGAUCAAGUGUGUCAUUAUAUCCCCGAAUCUGGAAAAGAUACAGUCUAAGG